AUGCGGAAGAGGGCGUGGAAGAUCUGGGGUGGCGCUAAUUGCAAGGCCCCCAUCAUACUCCGAACACACUACAACGUGGAUGACGAUGGAGAAAUAGAGAAGUACGCAAAAGCUUCUGACAACUACUUCAGGGGUGCCGAUUGGUCCGUGUUAAAUAGCUCCGAGCUCUUUAGCUUUGGUCCAGACUGGCAGCAAGUCUUUUAUAUUCUGCCGGAAAUCGCGGGCUGCAGGAGUGAUUAUCGACGAGAUAAGGGCUGCCAAAAUGGACCAACUACAGUGGAAGCAGGACCCGAAUCUAUAUUACUCAAGGACAAUCUGGUUGCGAUAUCAUUAUUGCACUCUAUCUCUAUAGCCUGGGUUUUUAUUGUGGACAAGGAAGCAUUCGAGACGCAUCAGCUACAGGUCGUUUAUCUGGACGGAAAACAGAAUGUCACUGUUCAGGGACGUGUCGAGGUUAAAAAGGAUAUUCUACAUGAGAUUAUGCUCAAUUGGGAAGAGGGUGCUCCUCCUGGACCGGUGUUUAACGAGGGGACCCCUGGGAAGAAAUAUCUGCUGGGCAGUGAGCCGGGCAGAAAGUUCUCCCAGUUGACGCACUCUGACCUGGUGGAUGAAGAAGAUUCGGAUUAA